UGCAUACCAACCCCUCACUUUAACAACACCAAAAAGGACUCUAGCUCUGUUUUUAAUAUAAAGUAUGAGUUUCUCAGAGAGUUGACUGCAAAUUUGGGGAUAAAUACUGCUCAGGAUGGCCCUCCUGACAUUAACUGUUGUUACUGUUAUCUGCUGGAUAAGUCCAGCUAGUGUAAGUGGGAAUGAGAAGAUUUUCUCAGACAACAUCACUCGCAUUUUGGAUCGACUUUUGGAUGGUUAUGACAACAGACUGCGACCUGGAUCUGGAGGUGGUGUUACGGAGGUGAAAACAGACAUCUUUGUCACCAGCUUUGGACCUGUAUCAGAUGUCGAGAUGGAGUACACCAUGGACAUGUUCUUCCGUCAGAUGUGGGUUGACGAGCGGCUAAAAUUCGAGGGCCCCACUGAAAUCCUGCGGCUGAACAACCGCAUGGUAGACAAGAUCUGGACGCCAGACACUUUCUUCCGAAACUCCAAGAAGUCCAUUUCUCAUAACAUGACCACGCCGAACAAACUUUUCCGCAUCAUGCAGAAUGGGACUGUUCUCUACACCAUGAGACUGACAAUCAGUGCAGAGUGUCCAAUGAGGCUGAUGGACUUCCCCAUGGACGGCCACUCCUGUCCUCUCAGGUUUGGAAGCUACGCCUACACAAGCAGUGAAAUCCUUUUCAGUUGGAGGAAGGGACUAAUAGCAUCUGUCGAUUGUCCCCCCGAGUCCAUAAGUCUUCUGCAGUAUGACCUGGUGGGACAGACUUUGUCCAGCGAGAUAUUCAAAUCAAACACAGGUCACUACUCUGUGCAGGUGGUCCAUUUCCACCUCCAGAGGAAGCUGGGCUACUACCUCAUUCAGACCUACAUCCCUCUUAUAAUGGUUGUUGUGCUGUCACAAGUCUCUUUUUGGAUCAACAAAGAGUCUGUUCCUGCACGCACAGUUGCUGGCAUCACCACAGUGCUGACCAUGACCACCUUGAGCAUCAGCGCCCGUGAGUCACUCCCCAAAGUAGCCUACGCCACCGCCAUGGAUUGGUUCAUUGCUGUGUGUUUUGCCUUUGUGGCGUCGGCGCUCGUCGAGUUUGCAGCAGUAAACUACUUUGCCACCCUCCAGGCCAACCGUCUGAAGAAACAGAAAGCUAGACAAGACAAGCUUGAGGUGAUGGCUGCUGGCAUCGAUGAUGAUGAUAACAUGUCGGACUGCAGCCCUCAGGAAGGCCUGAAGAGGAGAAACCACUCAGUGUGUCGCAGUGAGCCAGGAGAUACUCCACCGCUGCCGAUUUUCCUCCAGCAGGGCUCAGCUUUUCCUCAAAUCCCGCAGCUGGCCGGCACCAGCCCCAUUGACAAGUACGCCCGUAUCCUCUUCCCUCUGGCCUUCGCCCUCUUCAACCUAAUCUACUGGUACAUCUACCUGGCCAAGGACUCCAUGGAGAGGGCCAGGGACGCGGUUCUUGAAAACUAAGAGGACCUGGAAAAGGGCACGUGCAGCCGGAGAGACCUUCAGCAUCCUGCCAGCCUCACCUCACCCUCCUCUCCCUCUCUCUUUCUGUGUGUGUGUGUGUGUGUGAACAAGCUCUCAGCAGUCACUCUGCUCUCAUCUGACAGAGGAAAUGAAUCAGAAACUCAUUUAUUCUCCUGCCGCACAUCUAUUCAUUUCACAGGCUGUGACCACUGCCCACUUGUGUUCUGAUCAGUAGCUGAAGAGCUGCCCUUCACGGGGCCUCAAUCACUUUAAAGCCCGCCACGUACACACACACACACAACAACUUCUCGGGUCCCCCGGACCGAGACAGACGCCACACACAUACGAGCACGCAUGACGCUCAGACACACACUUAGACACACAAACCAAGAAACACAUCAAAAAGAAGUGGAUGAUAUAAUCUAUGAUGGCUGUAACUGGUGGUGAUGCAACAGUGAACCAAUGCUUUCAGAAGCCUGCCCUCUACAGAAGCACAGCUCCCACUACAACAAGAUCAAAGGCAAUUUAGAGGAGGCUCGCAUCCCUCCCCGCGGCUUCAAAAAUGUACUCAAACCUGAGAAAAUGAAUUGUGGGAUUGUGUUUUCCAUCCCACCUUUCUGCUCUGGCGCUCUGGUGCUCCCUCUGCAUUUUCAGAUCUACUGCAGGUCCUCGGAAAACAUCGCAGGGAAGAGUGGGAUAUAAUACCCAUGGGUGUUGAUGACAUUAAUUUUCUAUUUUUGUACGGAUGCUGCAUGAUUGUUGGGCACAGAUGUUUGCAUAUGAAGUGUCUACCUGCAAUGGAUGGAGUGUUAUUCUCUCUCUAGCCUCUCAGUAACGUAAAAACUGGAGGAAUAAACUUGAUCUAACUUGACAUUUUGACCACUUUAACCCUUCAGUGAUCCCCACUGUUUGACCUUGUCAGGAUACAGACAAACUCAUCUGCUGUGUA